CGGUGAUCGGUACAGUUUGGUGAAAAUAGAGAAAAGAAUGACGGCCACGGAGGAAACCGAACCGCUAAUUUCCACGAAAGGGUCGACCACCUGCGGACAGAAAUCACACAUAACCUCCUAUGAUGCGAUCUCGUUGGAAGGAGUUGGCAGGGACGAAGCAUCACGUGGGACCAGUUCCGAAACGUCGUUUGGAGUAAAACCGAUCUUGCGUUCUUCGAACGCGAAUGCGAACUCAGUUCCAGCGCGUUCUGUUGGAAAUGUAACCAGCGAGUCGAUUACGUAUACGUGGAGCGAUCUAAACGUGUACGUCUCUAGAAAAAGUGAUAGACUGUUGGAUCGAGUGUUCGUUAACAGAAGGAAGCUAAUCGAAAGGAAGCAUCUGUUGAAAGAUGUCUGCGGCGUAGCGUAUCCAGGCGAGUUGCUGGUGAUCAUGGGAUCCUCAGGCGCGGGAAAAACAACGUUACUGAACGCGUUAACGUUUCGCUCGGGCACCGGGGUAACCGUAUCCGGACUAAUGGCAGCCAAUGGUCAACGAGUCUCUUCCACGAUACUGACAUCCAGAACCGCUUACGUCCAGCAAGACGAUCUAUUUCUCGGCACUUUGACCGUUAAGGAGCAUCUUCUCUUUCAGGCUAUGGUACGCAUGGACCGACGAAUACCUAUGGCACAGAGGAUCCGUCGAGUAAACGAAGUCAUCAAUGAGCUUGCUUUACUAAAAUGUAGGAAUACCGUGAUAGGUCAACCAGGACGAAUCAAAGGACUGUCUGGCGGCGAGAUGAAAAGGCUAUCGUUUGCGUCCGAAGUUCUCACCGAUCCGCCAUUGAUGUUCUGCGACGAGCCGACAUCAGGGCUGGACUCCUUUAUGGCGCAUCAAGUGGUAUCCGUUUUGAAGGCUCUGGCUGCGCGCGGCAAGACGAUCGUCGCCACGUUGCACCAACCCUCUUCGGAGCUAUUCGCCCUUUUCGACAGGAUUUUGCUGAUGGCCGAGGGAAGGGUGGCCUUCAUGGGUACAGCUUCGCAAGCUUGCACUUUCUUUGAAACAUUAGGCGCUGCGUGUCCCAGUAAUUACAAUCCUGCAGAUUACUUCGUUCAGAUGUUGGCGGUCGUGCCAGGCAGAGAGGUGUCCUGCCGUCACGCGGUAAACACUGUCUGCGACGCGUUUCAAAGGAGCGAUCAAGGCAUCAAAAUUGCGUUGGAGGCGGAAGCGAUAAACGGUGAAUUCGAAGACUCUCUGCGCGACACGAAACAUUCCGAGAAUCGUUCGCCGUACAAAGCAAGCUGGUGCGAGCAAUUCCGCGCGGUCUUCUGGCGCUCGUGGAUGUCGGUUAUCAAGGAGCCGAUCCUCAUUAAAAUUCGCCUAUUACAGACUGUCAUGGUGUCGCUGUUGAUUGGAGUCGUCUAUUACGAUCAACGACUCGACCAGGACGGAGUAAUGAACAUUAAUGGUGCUUUGUUUAUAUUCCUUACGAACAUGACGUUUCAGAACGUUUUCGCCGUUAUAAAUGUUUUCUGUGCCGAGUUACCGAUAUUCCUACGGGAGCACAGAAACGGCAUGUAUCGUACAGAUGUAUACUUCCUGUGCAAGACGCUGGCGGAAGCGCCUGUCUUUGUAGCCGUGCCGCUGCUCUUCACCAUUAUCGCGUAUCCAAUGAUUGGGCUACAUUCAGGGGUCGAUCAUUUCUUCGUCACAGCCGGUAUCGUUGCUUUAGUCGCAAACGUUUCUACGUCCUUUGGUUACUUGAUAUCCUGCAUCAGCGACAGCUUGUCCAUGGCGUUGUCCAUCGGACCACCGGUGAUCAUACCAUUUUUGCUGUUUGGUGGAUUCUUCUUGAACACUGCAUCCAUUCCAUUCUACUUCGAAUGGUUCUCCUACCUGUCCUGGUUUCGCUACGGCAACGAAGCUCUUCUCAUCAAUCAAUGGUCCGGAGUGGAUGUUAUAGAGUGUACGAGAAGUAACGCAACGUGUCCAAAAUCUGGACGAAUGGUUCUGCAAAUAUUCAAUUUUAAAGAGGAGCACUUCUGGACGGAUAUCGUAUGCCUCUUCUCCUUGAUCGCCGCGUUUCGUUUCCUGGCGUUCCUUGCGCUGCUCUCGAAAACUCGACGCAAUCAGCGAACAUAAAACAGAGAUAAGAAGAAAGUGGAAUCGAAAUGUGUAAAGACGGAAGCUUGAAAGAUCUCCGCCUAGAUAGGUGGAGUAUCUCAAGGAACAUCAUAGGGACAAACAAGAGGGCAUUGAUAAAUAUCUGACUAGUAUUUUUUUUUUCAUUGACUCGCGUUGGUGUUCAAAGAGCGAAGACUAUUCACAAAGUAGAUAGAAACACGAUUACUAGUCAGGUGGCUGAUGAUGGUAUUCCCUGGGACAGUGAAACUCAUGCUUCCACCUACGCAUUAGAAUCUCGAUUAGUACAGAUAAGGACUGGAGAUUUUUUUAGGACAGUAACUGGACAGUUACACGGUAUAUCUCUGCUACGUAUGGUCGUUACUAGUUACUUAUCCUUCUUCGAUUUUACUUGUCGGUACAUUCGAGCGAACGAAUCUCUCGUGUUGUAAUCGAGGUUCUAAUGCUAAUGUACUACCGCCAGUAGUGCCAGUGCAACUCUAGCACUGUCGCCGUAUCGGUGGCUGCGCACAACCACCAGGGUAGUAACUUGAAACAACAAAUUUUCAAUUCAGAUCCUGUGUAAGGAACAGUGUGUCGUUUCUUUGAUCUUUGUACCUACGCACCGCGUCUAAUACAUCAACGAUCAAUGUUUACAUCCUCCUAAUUGUACAAUCUGUUUUUAAGCAAUUAAAAAUGUUUUGUGAAUUGUA